GCACUUCUAGCAAUCCCCUGAGUUAUACUCCAACAACGAUACGGCUCCGUCGUCUACUAACCUUUACUACUGUACAUUACUUAUAAUAUUACUUCUACUAACAGGUUGUACUACCUGCUGGAGAUGCUAGAGAGCUCACAGGGUAUCAGAACGGUGAAGUAUGGCCACGUACCUGCGCCAACAGCGUGAAGAAACAUACACAGUCUCCAUGAUAAUUUGUACUCCUGACCUUAAACACUAAUCAUAUCCCAUGAUGUAAUCUGACCACUCGUAGCAAGUGGGACGAGGAGCUAUAUUUGAGUGCAAGCCAUCCUUAUCUAACACAGACAUAAGCCGAUCAUUUUACGCAGCCAAUCAGCAGAGCCGACGAGGCAAUCCCGUCUCGAACCUAUAAUCAAAAUGUCUAUACAGAUACAUACCCUCUUUACAAAAACUGAACCAUACCGAAAGCAAAGAAAAGCCAAUAUUUACACACAACAAAAUAGUUCUACUCACUCUCACUCAGCGUCAAUCCACCAAAAUGGUUAGGACAACAACGUUUGUUAACUGUUUCGAUUGUUAAUCUUCAACGGCUACGAGGAAUCCCAGAUACCACACAAACCAUGAAAAAGAUAAAAAAAUCCCCAAUCCGAACGAUGAUUUUAGAUUGUGCUUCAGCAGAUGGCUAUCUUGAAAACCAUAAGACAGCCACCAAUUGCUGCAACAUUCACUCUCGAUCUGUUAACCCCUUGUCUUGUUCUAAGUGGUGCUAGUGGUUUCCACGGUGAGUGCUCCACUACCCGCACACUGAGCACCCGAGAAAUUCUAUCAUCAUCCUCACGCAAUCACCAGCAGCUGCUGGUGUCCUUCUGUGUCGCCAAGGGACCGGGUAUGUGCAAUCGGGUUUUCAUUUAGCUCAUUAGGUAGUACAUCUUGGGCUUCUCUAAGUGCCCGAUCAUCAUUACAUCGUGCGGGUAAGUGCCGCCAUCGAAAGUAAUGUGAUGUUGAUUGAGCUGUGUAGAAGGCGACUAAGUACAGCCGUUGUCGUUGAGCAAUCACCACAAAUGGCGGCACGCUAACGAGUCUCCUAGUGCAAUGGUACACCUAAUGCCUCUCCUGUCCUGGAUUUUGCUUUUUUGGAAAGAAGCUGUGUAAUCGGAAGCACCGGUUUGUUGUACGAUGUUAAAAUAAACACCUAAUGCAUUUACUACACCUUAAUGGAAACAUGAAGGAACACAUGGGUUCUUAGGAUGCAUGGAAAGGAGCCAUGGUAAGGCGAUGAAAAUGUUUUAAGGAUUUUAACUUCCAUGGGCAAGUUUGCCACAGUAGCAAAGCUGUGGAGCAGUUUCGGGUAAUGGUUUUCUACGGAUAAAACGGAUAUGGCUGUAGGACGGUCACGGAGUAGCCAGUAUUAAAAAAGUGAGAGUGAGAGAAUGCGAUGGAGCAAUGUAAGGGCCGUUGCGUUAUCAGUGCGUGUAUGCUAGCUCCAUACACCUUCACCGCAGUUUAUUGAAAUGAUCUGUAUCUAUACUGAGUAAGAAACACACAAAGUAAAAAAUAAAAAAAAAC